CGUCACGUAGUAGGACCAGCUCCAAUAUUUAUACAAAACUCCGUCAUCUGUCUCCCACUCACACAGGAAACUGAGAAAUAAGAGAUGCCUGGAAUUAAAGGACCCUCCGAUUAUUCGCGAGAACCCCGUCGCCAUCCUUCCCUCAAAAUUAAUGCCAAGGAACCCUUUAAUGCUGAGCCAACGCGUUCUGAUCUGAUUUCAUCUUAUGUCACUCCUGUUGAUUUCUUUUACAAGAGAAACCACGGACCCAUACCGGUUGUGGAUGACAUUGAGAGGUAUUCCGUUUCUCUAUGUGGUCUUGUUGAAAAUUCCAAGGAGCUGUUUAUGAAGGAUAUUUGGAAGCUUCCAAAAUAUACGGUUACUGCCACUUUACAGUGUGCUGGUAACAGAAGAACUGCUAUGAGCAAGAGUCGGACAGUGAGAGGAGUUGGUUGGGAUAUUUCUGCUAUAGGAAACGCUGUUUGGGGUGGGGCGAAACUGGCAGAUGUUCUAAAAUUAGCUGGGAUACCUUAUUUGACAAGUAUCACACAAUCUGGAGGAAAGCAUGUUGAAUUUGUGAGCAUUGACAAGUGUAAGGAGGAAAAAGGAGGCCCUUAUAAGGCAUCAAUUCCAUUGAAUCAGGCUACAAACCCUGAAGCUGAUGUUCUGCUCGCUUAUGAGAUGAAUGGCGAGCCACUCAAUAGGGAUCAUGGCUAUCCGCUGCGUGUGGUUGUCCCAGGUGUGAUAGGUGCCCGGUCAGUUAAGUGGCUUGAUUCCAUCAAUAUCAUUGCCGAAGAAUGUCAGGGAUUCUUCAUGCAAAAAGACUACAAGAUGUUUCCACCAACAGUGAACUGGGAUAACAUCAACUGGUCUACUAGGAGACCGCAGAUGGACUUCCCUGUUCAGAGUGCAAUAUGUUCCCUGGAGGAUGUGAGUGUUGUAAAGCAUGGAAAGAUAACCAUCAAGGGGUACGCAGUAUCAGGAGGCGGGCGUGGCAUAGAAAGGGUAGACGUGUCUAUUGAUGGUGGUAAAAGUUGGGUGGAAGCCACCAGAUACCAGAGAAUUGGCAUUCCAUAUAUUGCUGAUGAUUCAGGUAGUGACAAAUGGGCGUGGGUCUUUUUUGAAGCUGAGGCAAAUAUCCCCCAGCGUGCAGAAAUAGUUGCUAAAGCGGUGGAUAUAGCUGCAAAUGUCCAACCUGAAAGUAUAGAUUCUAUAUGGAAUCUGAGAGGAAUCCUGAACACCUCAUGGCAUCGGGUUCAAGUCCGAGUUGGACAAGCAAAUCUUUAGGCUGUGUUUCAUGUUUUGAGCGGAUGACAGUAUUCAGCAUCACAGGCCAUGGUUGUUUGUAUCUUCCUAGAUUAAAAUGAAAGUAACCUGUUUUCUUUGUUGUCUCAAAAUACAAUGGAAAUAAUGUAUUCAUAAUAAUAGUAAUCUGGAAGUGGUUGCAGCUUGACAAUCGGCUGUGUUAGCUUCUUUCCUCGUA